AUGGAAGGGGACUUCCAGCAGCUGCCUCCACUGCUCUGUGCUGGGAUCAUGCGACUUGCCUUGCUGUGCACGCUGGUGGUGUUUGCUGGUGUGAUUCCAGCCCAGGGCGGGAUACUGGACCUGAACAAGAUGAUCAGACGAGUGACGGGGAAGAGACCCAUCUUCUCCUAUUUGUUCUACGGCUGUCACUGCGGAUUUGGUGGCAAAGGCCAACCCAAAGAUGCCACAGACUGGUGCUGCCACAUCCAUGACUGCUGCUGCCAUCACCUGAAGUACCACAAAUGCAAUAUUCACUUGGAUCACUACAGCUACCAGUUUUCCCAGGGGAACAUCCAGUGCUCUGACGAGGGGAGCUGGUGUGAGCAGCAGCUGUGCACCUGUGACAAGGAGCUGGCGCUCUGCCUGCAGCGGAACCUGGACACCUACAAGAACCACCUGCGUUACUACUGGCGGCCCAGCUGCAAGGGCCAGACCCCCACGUGCUAG